AUGGACUACACGAACGGCGGAGGGGACAGCGUUCCGCCUGGAGCGACGACGUCAUCGGCCGGAGAAGACGACCACUUGCUCGCCCCCUUCGAGUACAUCCGAUCCAUGCCCGGAAAACAAGUUUGCUUGGGAAUAUGUCGAUUUAGGGAGAUAGUUUUGAGGGAAAUCCAUAGCAAAGUGAGUUCUAAAGGUCUGGAUACAAGUUUUCUUGAAAGAAGAACAGGGAAAAAUAAAUAAAAGGGAGAUUUUGCGAGUUUGUAACACUAAGCCGACCAUUUCGAACAAUGAUGUGAAUUUAAACAAUAUUUGAAAAUCAGUUAAACUUUAGAAAACCGUAAGAAAUAGGGGAAAGAUUGAGAGAUUUUCUGGAAAUUUUUUUUUUUCGAAAAACCAUUCAUCGGACUAUUUUUUCAAAGUUCUGUUACCCCAAAACUUACUUCUUUUCUAGAUCAGGAGCAAGCUGGCGAUCGCGUUCAACUUGUGGCUCAGAAUCGAAGAAAGCAAACUUCAUCAAAUUUUAGGUAUCCAUUCUAUUGAUCUUUAUUUUUAUGAAUGAACUCAGAAAUCGUUGAAAUGCUCCACAACGCCUCUUUGCUCAUUGACGACAUAGAGGACAACUCUGUGCUACGGAGAGGUCUCCCAGUCACUCACCGGAUUUUCGGUUCGUUCCGAGUUUAUUUUUCGUUUUUCAUAUAAUUGCUUUCUUCUGUGCAAAUGAGUGAGAAUAAAAGUGUUGAUAAAUUUGCGGAUACUGUAAAAUCUGAGGCCGCACUUGGAAUGGCUCAGAGCGGCGCGGUCGCGUUGUUAUUUAAGUGAGUCUAUAGCCAGCUUGACAUCCGCAGCUUGCUCCAUUGUUUAAAAAAAAGUCUCAAGCCGACCAAAAUUAAAGGCCGCCUUUAUAGUCAAUUUUUCCCGAUUUUGUGCGUUACGUACGCGACGCGGCUUCUUGGCGGGAAGCUCAAGGUCAAACGUAAUCUUAAAUGAAAUUAAAAAAAAAAGUUUUCCGUUAUUCUUAUAUUUGUAUUCGUUAAACGAAGCUUUUUCAAAAAUCAUAAAACAUUAAAAUUUUUUUUGAAAACCUGUUUAAAAAAAGGUGGCUCUUGUUUGACUCCGAAAUCCGCGCAAAAAGCCGCAUCGCGUACGCAACGCUUCACCCUUGCCAAUCUACCUUCUUACCUUUCAAGUCGGAAAAGAUACUCUACCCCUCCAAAGUUAUUUUAGCUUAUAAUCAGAACUAUUUGAGUUUGAAGGGAUUCAGUUUUCAUCUCAAAACUUUCGUAAGUCAAAUGCGUCGCAGCUGCUUAGCCAUUCCACGUGCGACCAUGGUCUUUUUGACUGCCUUGAACACAUUACAAACAUCAAAAGAAGUAAUAAGAGAAUGAGAUUUUUUCCUUCAGGAACGCCGCGAACGAUAAACUCGGCCAACUAUGUAUAUUUUAUCGCUCUGGAGAAGUGCAUCGGUUUAGGAAGCGACCAAGCGAUUCGUGUAUUUACAGGUUAGUUUUUCAGAGAAUUUUGGAGGUCAAAAAAGAUCUUGUUUGAAAAUAAACCAGAUUUUUCGAAUCCGCAUUCGGACCAUUUUCUGAGGUUCAGGCGAGAGGAAAAAAUCACGUUUUUAUCAUAUCCAAAAUUCUCAUAACCAGAAAAUUUAGAAACUGGGUAGACGUAGCUAAAUUUUGCACCAUUGACUCAGAUCUGCUACUUUUUUUUGGCUUUUUAAAGGAUAGAAAAAUUUUCCUUUCUAUCAAAUCUCAUGUUCUGUUCUUCCCAGAGAAUUCGAUAUUUUUACGAUUUCAGAACAACUCCUGGAGCUUCAUCGCGGUCAAGGAAAGGAACUUUUUUGGCGCGACACGGUUUCCUGUCCCACCGAAGCUCAGUACGAGGACAUGGUUGUACAAAGUACAGAUUUUGGAAAAAAAUUUACGAGGUUCAAGUUUUGCUUCAGAAACCGGAGGUCUCUUCUUCCUGGCGGUCCGUCUGAUGCAGGGCUUCAGCGAGAAUGUUCAUGGCUUUGAACGUCUUCUUCGGUUGAUGGCGCUCUUCUUCCAGAUCCGGUCAGUUUAUCUUUCUUGGCAGGAGCUUUUGGUUCAAAAAAAAAGCAAAAAAAAAAUCUUCUCGAAAAUGUAUUUCAAAUGGAUACUUGCUUUUUUAGUUUUAAGUUAGUUUUGGCUUCCUUGACCGAGAGGACUAGGGUCUAGGAAUGGCAGGAAUUUCGGGUCAGAAUUUUCAUUGAUAGUUUGUAGGCUUCUUGGAAAGCUUCUAACAGAGUUUUGUGUCUUAUUCCUAUGUUUCUCGUUUAUUUUCUUUUUAAAAAAUAAAAGAAAAAUUUGAUGUGGAGUUUAAUCUUCAGAUCUUCCGAAAAUGACUUGCUGAUUUUUAUGGUCUGGGGUAUUGUCAAAAAAAACCUCGACAGAAUAAAUGAGAAGAUUUGUGAAGAGGAAACACUCAGAUGAUGCUAGGGCUUUUUAAUGUCUCCAAGCACUUUCAAUAAGGUCCAAUCUUCACCAGCAAAUCUAAGUUGUCCUUUUUAUCAGAGUUUUGAAGAAUUCGUUCGCGAAAGUUAUACUAAAUCUGGAAGAGUUUGAAAAGCCGCGGUUCUUCGCAGGUGUCAGUUCUGACUCAUUAUAAAAAAAUUAUGAAAGGGAAGGUCCCAUUUUUCGUUUUGAUCUUGCAUCAAUUCAAACUCGCCUUUUGAAACCGUUUUUUCAUAAUCGUUCCGAGUUGUCACAAGUCGGGUAUAUUUUUGUUGAAUUCCUGCAGCGAUGACUACCUGAACCUGGUGUCGGAUGAGAUGGCGCAGCAGAAGACGUUCGCCGAAGAUCUCACCGAGGGCAAAUUCUCGUUUCCCAUCAUCCACGCCGUCCACAACUUCUCCGGCUCACGGAACGACGAUCCCGUUAUAAGUCCGUCCGCAAAGGCUUCGUCUUGGCUUCAAAGGACUUUUUCCAGACAUUUUACGGCAAAGGACGCAGGACGUCGAGGUCAAGCGGUUCUGCAUUCUCCUUUUGCAGAAGCGAGGAUCUUUUCAGUCAGUUUUGUAAAUCUGCUGUUCUCGGCUUGAAACGGGGAGGCAUGACAUGUUUUGUGCAAUGCGCUCUGACGCCAAUUCAAAAAUACGUGAAUUUCAAAUUGGCGUCAAAAACGCAUUACGAGGGCUUUACAAACACACUCUAAAUGCCAAAUUCUGCCCCAUCAAGCCGAGAAAAAAAAAUGCGUUACAGUGAUAGUUCUGAUGAUAAUCAGCUUAUUGGUAGGCACACGGUGACGCGGCUCCAACAGCUGAGCAACGAGCUCAAGGCUGAGGUUGAGGCUUUAGGCGGCAACAAGAGACUGACCGAGGUUUUUUCUCUACUCGACGAGGCCAUUCCCUACCAGGAGAUCUGA